AUGUCGGGAAUUCCACAGGAUUCGUCCCAGGUUUCGAGAAAUUCGGGGCGGGUCCUGUCACAAAGAAGUUUUGAGUUGCUGGAAAAAUCUUUUGAGGACAUUCGUGGGAAGCUUACAAGAUUGGUGUCAUCAAGAGCUCAUGUCGAGGAACCCAAUGGAGAUGUCGGAACAAGUUAUCCCCAACUCAGAAUCAAAGAUCCACAUCGAGUGAAAGUAAAAGGGCGUGCGAAAAGAGUUAAAGAAGAAAAAGAGAACGCAGUGCAACGACAUAAACGUUGGUGCACUGAAUGUAGGAAGACUGAUCAUGAUAGACGGAGUUGUCCAAAACUUGCGAGCCUCUCUUCAUCUUCCAACACAAAAUUUGGUGGUCCAGUUGGUGAGAAUUUGCAGCCCACUCAGAGCACGCAAGACAGUGAACCUACUAUGAUAGAGUCAUUUAUGCAAGAGUUUGAUUUCAUGUAUGGUCUCAGAGUGGAUGUCCCGAAUGUCCUCUGGGGAUUUGGGAUUUUCAGAACCUGA